AUGGGCAGCAUCAGUAUUUGCUUCGCCACCUCCACCUCCACCACCUAUCGCACCAGCAUUUGCUUGGCCAGUCCCGACUGGCCAUGGGUGAUCCUGGAUCUUGUCGACCAGAUCCAGAUAAAAGUGCAUCUACCAAAUGGGGAAGUGGUGAAUGCAUAUGUCCAAGACUACAUUGUGGCUUGCAACAUGCUUGUUGUAGCCUCGGAGUCCUCCCCUGAUCUCCGCCCUGCAUGUCUUGAUAAACAGAUGCAAGUUGAGUGUUGCACUAAGGACAAGCGAAUUCAGUACAGAUCUUCCUUACACCAUCUAAUGAAUUUGAUGCACUCUGUUGAUGUGUCAACACCAAACGCGCUCUUGGAGCCCAGUUCAUCUGGAUCCCAGAUCUAUGUAGAUAAUGUUCCCAGACCAGAUGACUUCACUUCAAAAGGUACUUCAAGUCUAGUUAUAAGUAGCUCAAGUCAAACUGUCUCAAUUGAGGGAAGUGAAAAUAAGAACCAGGAACCUUGUGCAUUUCCAAACCACGGGGCUAAUGGCGAGAGGCAUUGUAUUCUGAAUGCACAGUUCAUGGCUGCAAGUGGAGGACCACUUGUUGACUGUGAUGGGAAUAUUGUUGGCAUCAACUACUAUGAUGCGGAACAAAACCCAUUCUUACCAAGUAAUCUUAUUUUAGAAUGUUUGGGGCAUGAUAUAUACUGGGCUGCAAGUAAACUAGACCGUCGCCGGGCAGAUAUGAUUCAAAAUUCUUCCACACCUCGUAGUAACGGUCCAAAUGCAGAACGCACUGAUGAUGAACUUAGGCUUAUACUUUCUCCCUGGAAACCUGAUGGAUUUAAAAGAAGAGUAAAUGCAAUCUUACAUGCUCUUGGUUAUCCCUUGCCAAGUUUUGUUGAUGAUGGCAUGUACUUGAAAUUGGAUUUUGAAGAGGGAUUUGGCGGAGAUAUUUGGAAUGAACCCACUAGGAGAGUUACUUCAAAGAUGUCUCGAAGUAUUGUGGCGCUUGCCUCGUUCCUUUAUGUAAAAGAGAAUGAUGGUUCUGGGAAAUACAUAAAGGAUGCAAGAAAGUUUGCUUGCACAGGUGUAUUUAUUGAAAGCCAUGAAUCCACUACAAGAAUUCUGACCUCGGCAAGUUUGGUUAGAUGUCCUGGUGAUGAAAACAUUGAUGCUGUAUGGAAGAUUGAAGUGUGCCUUCCAAGUAAACGACGUGAGGAAGGGAUAUUGGAAUAUUAUAAUUUACAGUAUAAUGUCGCUGUUGUUAGCAUAAAGAGUGUCCACAGUUAUCGUGCAGCAAAACUUGAUGAAACAUCUCAAACCGAGGUUGGAGCUCAGGUAGUAGCUCUGGGGCGUGGCUUUGAAUCAGGCGAGUUAAUGGCCAAAAACGGGGUUGUGACAGGCAAACGUAGAAAAUUUGGUGACGAAGAGCUUCAGAUAUCCACUUGUAAAAUCACCAAGGCUGGGAUUGGAGGGCCCCUUGUUGAUUUUGAUGGGAACUUUGUCGGCAUGAACUUUUAUGACACGGAACAAACUCCUGAUCUAUCACGGGUUAGAAUCCUGGAACUCAUGAGGGAAUUUAACGCAGAACGGGCUGUUCCUGUCAAGACUACAGACGAGUUUUCUAGGGCUGUUCCUGUUAAGACUACAGACAAGUUUUCUAGCUGGCCCGUGCCUGAUCCAGAAUGGUUUUAUCCAACUCGUUACCCUGCCAAACGCAGUCCUUCACGAACAGAUUCAGAGUAG